CGGUUCCCCCCUCUCUCACUUCCAUCUUUUUUUUCCAUCUCAUUCUUUGUCACUGUCCUUCUGUAGCUCCAUAUAGAGCUAUUCUCUUCUUAAUUCUGAUUUCCCUUGCUCUGAGGACAAGUGAGGUUUCUCACAAUUGCCCCAUUGACGUGGUCAUCCAUCUCCCCACUGGAGCUUUGAAGUUGUGCACUUGAGCACCACUUUCUGUUUCUUUAUUUGAAGGCUUCCCAUUAUGGAUUCCAUGAGGUCUUUGAAUACCUCUCUGCCGAGGUCGUCCCCCCGCCCGCAACCUACUGAGCAGCUCCUUCAGUCAUUCAAGACGGCUGCUCUCUCCGUUACCAAUCUCUACAAGAAUGCCGUUUACGAGCAGAACCAUGCGAGGAACCUGGGAUAUCAAGAAGCCAUCGAGGAUCUUCUAAAUUUCUUGGAUAGGGAGAACCUAGGGCUAGGUGAUGGUGAGGGCUGGAAGGUCAGACAAUGGGCGACAGAGAAAAGUGAUGGCACAGGGGCCUUUACGAGUGAUGAUGACGAGCGACCGGAUUCUGAAAAGCGAACUAGAAGUACUUCCCCAAUGGUCUCGCGGAAAGAACAGCCAAAAGAACAGCCAGAACCGGAGUCUGGGCGACAGCCAUCAACGUCGAUUUCCCCCCGCAGAGAUGAACAUCUUACGCAACCGCAACCGCAACCGCAAUCGCAACCCGCACCGCAACAGCAGUCUGCGCCAGUUCCGUCGCAAACCAAUGAACCUGAUACCCUUGCCAGACCGACAAUCUUUACCUUCUCCGCGGGACCACAAUAUCCAGCACCCCAGCAACAAGACGUUGAUAUGCAAACCACAGACGAUCCUUCUUCCCAGGAGGAUGCUGCUGUUAAUAUAUCCGUUCUACCUCGAAACUUGCGACAAACCCAUCGCCAUAACAACCACUCACGGACGAAUCAAAGAACAUCCACGAGAGACACAUCUGUCGGACUAGGCUCAAAGCGAAAAUUUAACCUUCCUGACUUCUUCGAUUUAUCUGGGCUCGGGAACGGGAGGGACAUGUUUGGGGGUGGCAAACGAGGACGCUUUGCAUAGGAAGCAUGUAUGCUUGGAUGAUGGGACGAUAUGGUUAUUCGAACUUUUUGGUUUUUGGUAACGCAGCAGUUGUCUGCUUUUUAUAGCAUUCGGUGGAGUCGUGCAUGUGCAUGUGGUUGUUCUUUUUGUGAAUCCUACUCUUACUUGGCUCUCUUCCCGAACUUCCAUUUGUUGUCAGUUUUACAUAUAUUAGAGAUGUAUAGAGGAUAUCCAUUGCAAUGAGGUGAUACCCAGAGUGGCGAUCUUUGUUCC